CAGUUGCCCUAAGCCUCGCCCCCUUUCCCCCUGUCUGCCCAAUCCCGACUGCUUCCUUGGGUGGGGGCGUGGCCAUGGGGCGAGGCGCUCUCAGGUGGAGGCCUUGCCCCGCUCCGCGCUCACGAAGCUGCGUCACUUCCGGCGUGUGCGUCUGGCGUCCGACAGCUGCAUAAUGGCGGUUCUAAAGAGUUGGCUGUCGCGCAGCGUAACCUUACUCUUCAGGUACAGACAGUGUUUGUGUGUUCCUGUUGUGGCUAACUUUAAGAAGCGGUGUUUCUCAGAAUUGAUAAGACCAUGGCACAAAACUGUGACGGUUGGCUUUGGAGUAACACUGUGUGCGGUUCCUAUUGCACAGAAAUCGGAGCCUCAUUCCCUUAGUAGUGAAGCAUUGAUGAGGAGAGCGGUGUCUUUGGUAACAGAUAGCACCUCUACCUUUCUCUCUCAGACCACAUAUGCAUUGAUUGAAGCUAUUACUGAAUAUACUAAGGCUGUUUAUACCUUAAUUUCUCUUUACCGACAAUAUACAAGUUUACUUGGGAAAAUGAAUUCACAGGAGGAAGAUGAAGUGUGGCAGGUGAUCAUAGGAGCCAGAGCUGAGAUGACUUCAAAACACCAAGAGUACUUGAAGCUGGAAACCACUUGGAUGACUGCAGUUGGGCUUUCAGAGAUGGCAGCAGAAGCUGCAUAUCAAACUGAUGGAGAAAAUGAGACCUGGAAUCAUAGUCAGUGGCAAAACCAGGACAAAUUAUUUAUCUAUGUCAGGCUUCGUGGUAAGCAUUUCGUAGGCACUUUUUGUAUGUGAAGAAACUAGAGGGCAGAUGGGCCAAAUCAUUCAGCUAAGAUGACAUGGUAUGGUGAGUAAGCAGCCAAGCUGAGAUUCAGCUGAGUAGGUCUUUGUUUUUUAUAAAAUAGCGAUGGGGUUUUACAGUGUUGCACAGGCUAAUCUUGAAAUCCUAGGCUCAAGCAGUCUACCCACCUUGGCCUCCCAAAGUGCUGGGAUUAUAGGCAUGAGCCACCCAGCCAAGUAGGUCGAAUUCCAAAGCCUUUGCUUCUCCUAUUCUCCCAGCAGCCAGUGCUUUGUCCUCUGCACCUUAGUGUCCCAAGGUGCCCAUCGUAGAACAUCCUACCUGACUGGUCCCAAACUAGGUAGGUAGGCUCACAGAAAAUUUUUUUUUUUUUUUAAAUGGAGUUUUGUUCCUGUCACCCAGGCUGGAGUGCACUGGCGCCAUCUAGGCUCACUGCAACCUCCACCUCCUGGGUUUGAGUGAUUCUCCUGCCUCAGCCUCCCGAGUAGCUGGGAUUACAGGCACCCGCCACCACGCCCAGCUAGUUUUUGUAUUUUUAAUAGAGAAGGGGUUUUGCCAUGUAGGCCAGGCUGGUCUUGAACUCCUGACCUCAGGCGAUCCACCCGCCUUGGCCUCCCAAAGUGCUGGGAUUACAGGCAUGAGCCACUGCAUCCGGGCAAUUUUUUUUUUUGAGACAGUUUCACUCUUGGUGCCCAGGCUGCAGUGGUGGCACUUUCUCAGCUCGCUGCAACCUCUGCCUCUCCAGUUCAAGCAACUCUCCUGCCUCAGCCUCCCGAUUACAAGCAUGCACCACCACUCCUGGCUAAUUUUUGUAUUUUUAGUAGAGAUGGGUUUCGCCAUGUUGCCCAGGCUGGUCUCAAACUCCUCACCUCAGCCUCUCAAAGUGCUGGGAUUAUAGGUGUGAGCCACCGCACCCAGCUGGCUCACAAAAAUAAUAGCCUAGUACUAGCUCUUAUUAAGAAACUGGUUGCAGUGGCUCACGCCUAUAAUCCCAGCACUUUGGGAGACCAAGGAUGGCGGAUCACUUGAGGUGGGUCACUUGAGGUCAAGAGUUUGAGACUACCCUGGCCAACGUGGUGUGAAACCCUGUCUCUACUAAAAAUACAAAAUUAGCCGGGUGUAGUGGCACACACCUGUGCAGGAGAAUGGCUUGAACCCAGGAGGUGGAGGCUACAGUGAGACGAGAUGGCUCUACUGCACCUCAAGCCUUGGUGACAGAGCGAGACUCUGUCUCAAGAAAAAAAAAAAGAAACUGGUAUGAGUCAGGCACAGGGCCUCACGCGUGUCUUUGGGAAGCCAAGGCGGGCAGAUUGCUGGAGCCCAGGAGUUCAAGGGCAACACAGCGAAACCCCAUCUCUACCAAAAAUACAAAAAUUAGGUGGGCGUGUUGGCGCUCGCCUGUAGUCCCAGCUACUCGGGAGGCGGAGGUGGGAGGAUUGCUUGAACCCAGGAGCUCAAGGCUGCAGCGAGCUAUGAUCAUGCCUGUGCACUCCAUCCUAGGCAAAAGAGCUAGACCCUGUCUCAAAAAAGAAAUUGUUACAUUAAAACAUACUCUUGUUUUCUGAUGUCAAGAUUAGCAGGCUAGGGUUCUCAAGAUUAGCAGGCUAGGGUUCUCAAGCAUCAAAUCUUAAAAAUGAUACAAAGGGCUAGGUGUGGUGGCUCACACCUGUAAUCCCAGCUACUUGGGAGGGUGAGGUAGGAGGAUCACUUGAGCCUGGGAGGCAGAGGUUGUGGUGAGGCGAGAUCAUUGCACUCCAGCCUGGGCAACAGAGUGAGACCCCAUCUCAAAGAAAAGAUAUAAAACAUUUUUUAAGGUAAGUGUUGUGUCAUCAUACUGAAAAACAAAAAAUAAUUCUUUUAGGUUUUUUUUGUUGUUAUUUUUUUCCAGAGACAGAGUCUCACUCUGUCCCCUAGGCUGGAGUGCAGUGGUGUGAACUCAGCUCACUGCAACCUCCACCUCCCUGGUUCAAGCAAUUCUCUUGCCUCUACCUCCUGAGUAGCUGGGAUUGGAGGCGCCUGGCACCAUGCCUGGCUAAUUUUUGUAUUUUUAGUAGAGACAGGGUUUCACCAUGUUGGCCAGACUGGUCUUGAAUUCCUGAUCUCAGGUGUUCUGCCUGCCUCAGCCUCCCAAAGUGGUGGGAUUACAGACAUGAGCCACCACGCUUGGCCCAGAAAAAGUAGUGAUCCUGAGGGAUCAGAGAUUUGGAACAAGAAUGAAACAACAGAAGUGUGAAGUGUGGAAGCAGCAUUAUAGUCGUGCCACACAAAGAUGGCAGUGGAUUCCUGGGUGCAGUGAACAGGAGGAUAUGCUUAGAUCUAGAAGGAGAAAAGGAGGAGAGGAUGUAUAAGCAUUAUCUGAGAAAAGUAGACAUUUUCCUCGAACUCAUAGAAAGGGCUAACAAAGUUGUAAACAGAUUUUUUUUUUUUUUUUUUUUUUUUUUUCCCUGAGACAAGGUCUUACUCUGUCACCAGGCUGGAGUACAAUGGCACAAUCAUGGCGCACUGCUUACUACAGCCUUAGCCUCUGGGCUCAAACGAUCCUACCACAUCAGUCUCCCAAGUAGCUGGGAUUAUAUGUUUCUGGUAGAGAGGGUUUUGCCAUGUUGUCCAGGCUGGUCUUGAACUCCUGAGCUCAAGUGAUCCGCCCGCCUUGGCCUCUCAAACUGCUGGGAUUACAGACAUGAGACACUGUACACGGCCUUAUGAUUUCACUUUUUUAACAAAAAAUCUGGUCCAGGUGCAGUGGCUCAUACCUGUUGUAAUCCCAGCACUUUGGGAUGCCUAAGCGGGUGGAUCACUUGAGCUCAGGAGUUCGAGACCAGACUUGACAACAUGAUGAAACCCUGUCUCUACAAAAAAAUUAGCCAGGCAUGGUGGUAUGUAGUCCCAGCUUCUUGGGAAGCUGAGGUGAGAGGAUCACUUGGUCCCAGGAGGUCGAGGCUGCAGUAAGCCAUGAUCAGGCCAGUGUACCCCAUCCUGGUUGACAAAGCAAGACCCUGUCUUAAAAACAAAAAAAUGGCCGGACGCGGUGGCUCACGCCUGUAAUUCCAGCACUUCGGGAGGCUGAGGUGGGCGGAUCAUGCGGUCAGGGGAUUAAGACCAUUCUGGUUAACAUGGUAAAACCCCAUCUCUACUAAAAAUACAAAAAAAAUUAGCCAUGUGUGGUGGUGGGUGCCUGUAGUCCUAGCUACUCGGGAGGCUGAGGCAGAAGAAUGGCGUGAACCUGGGAGGCGGAGCUUGCAGUGAGCAGAGAUCACGCCACUGCACUCCAGCCUGGGCAACAGAGCAAAACUCCAUCUCAAAAAAAACCAAACAAAAAUUAAAUACAUAAAUAAGCUAAUAAUAAAAUAACAGCAUAACAAAAAGAUUCAGAGUAAAAUCCCAAAAGCUACUAGGAAAAAACAGAUUACCUACAAAGGAAGUAGAAUCAAACAUCAGGCAUCUUCUCCGCAACACUAGAGGUGACGAUAAAUCUAUAGCCUAGGAUUUAAUGUAUAGCCAGCUACCAUCAAAAAGUGAGAAUAAAAGAUAUCCUCAGACAUAGACUCAAAGUACCACCUGCAUACACUUUCUGGAAGAACUAUGAAGAAGGAAAAAAUCAGUUUUGAAAGAAGCUACUAAGAUUUUUUUUCAAAAGUUCUGAGUGUAAAACAACUUUUUAAAUUUGGGAAAGUGAAAACAUGCUAAGCACAUUGACAUUAGACGUUGUUAAACACUGCAAAGAGAAUGAGUAGGAGUGGGAGGAAACUUGGUAGCUCCAAUUGAGGCAGGAAAGGUUUAAAAAGAAAACCUGUUAAUUAGAAAAUACAAAAUUUUGGGCCGGGCGCAGUAGUUCACACCUAUAAUCCCAGCACUUUGGAAGGCCAAGUCAGGUGGAUCAGCUGAGAUCAGGAGUUCGAGACCAGCCUGGCCAACAUGGCAAAACCCCUUCUCUAAUUAAAAAAAAAAAAAAAAAAAAAAUUAUAGGAAUAAUUUCAAACAUCAAUGAUUGCAGUAAAAAUAAACUUAUUAAAUGACACUUUUAGAUUGUGUUCCAAAAAAAUCUAGCUAAAACUAGCUAAAUCAAAGAAAGCAUUCAAGAUAAAAAGCAGUCAAUAGGACAGAACAAUUAAGACAUCAAUCAUGAAAUAUACUUAAUAAGGCAAAAACUGAUAGAAUUACAAGGAGAUCUCAGAGAUGUGUGUAAUACUCAAUUUUCUGAGCACACUUGCAGGUCAGGACAACCAAAAAAAUUAAAGCUAUUAAGGAUUAGAACAGAAUUUGUUUUGGAGACAGGGUCUUGCUCUGUUGCCCAGGCUGGAGUGUAAUGGCAUGAUCACAGCUUACUGCAGCCUUGACCUGGGCUCAGGCCAUCUUCCCAUUUCAGCCUCCCAAGUAGCCCAACUAAUUUUUUUUUUUUUUUUUUUUUAAGAGAUGUGGUCUUGUUAUGUUGCCCAGGCUGAUUCUGAACUCCUGGGCUCAAGUGAUCCUCCUGCCUUGGCCUGCCAAAGUGCUAGGAUCACAGGCAUGAGCUGAGCCACUAUACCCAGCUCAGUGUGAUUUUUUGUUUUUUAUUUUGGAGACAGGGUCUCAUUCUGUCACCCUGGUUGGAGUGCAGUGCCUUGAUCUUGGCUCACCGUUACUUCUGCCUCCCAGCCUCAAGCAAUCCUGUCUCAGCCUCCUGAGUAGCUGGGACCACAGGCAGUCACCACCACGCCCGAUUAAUCUUUUUUAUUUUUUGGUAGAGAUGGGGUUUCACCAUGUUCCCCAGGCUAGUCUCGAACUCCUGAGCUAAGGCAGUCCACCUGCCUCAGCCUCCCAAAGUGCUGGGAUUACAGGCAUGAACCACUGUACCUGUCUGUGAUUUUUUUUUUUUUUUACUUUUAACUAAACAAAGGAAAAUCAGAUUUGUGUGUGUGAGAGAGACAGGGUCCAUGCGGGAAUUCCGUGGUGGGAUCAUAGAUCAUAGCUUGCUGUAGUCGCAACCUCCUGGGCUCAAGUGAUCCUCCCCACCUUAGCCUCCCCAGUAGCUGGGAUUACAGGUGCACACCACCAUGCCCCAGCUAAUUUUUUUAUUUUUAGUAGAAACAGAGUUUCGCUAAGUUUCCCACACUGGUUUCGCAACACCUCACCAAUGUAUAUAUACUGAAUAUAAAACUUUGCCCCCUCCCUCUAAAUCUACAUAUUCUUCUAAGACACAAAGUAAAUUUUGUACCAGGUGACAAAAGGAAGAGACAACAAAAUCAUUUAAAAAAAUUGAUAUAUCAGCUGGGCGCGGCGGCUCACGCCUGUAAUCCCAGCACUUUGGGAGGCUGAGGCGGGCGGAUCACGAGGUCAGGAGAUCGAGACCAUCCUGGCUAACGUGGUGAAACCCUAUCUCCACUAAAAUAACAACAACAACAAAAAUUAGGCAUGGUGGUGGGUGCCUGUAGUCCCAGCUACUCAGGAGGCUGAGGCAGGAGAAUGGCGUCAACCCGGGAGGUGGAGCUUGCAGUGAGCCAAGAUCGCGCCACUGCACUCCAGCCUGGGUGACAGAGCAAGACUCUGUCUCAAAAAAAAAAAAAAGUAGAAAUGGUAUUCAAAGAUUUUGAUGUCCCCAAAAUGGACACCAGGGCCUAGGAUGUUUCGUGGGAGAGUUUUAUCAAAUCUUCCAAAACUAUAAUACCUAUGUUACUGUAAGUGUACCAGUGCAAAGAAAGUAAUGACAAGCCUCGUCUUACAACUGUAUGAAGCCAGCAUAGCCCCUGAUCCCAAACUGGACUCAGUCAGGGCAGCACCAAAAUGAAAAGCUCAGUAUCACUUCAAAAUGUAGCCGUAAAUCAAACAUAGCCAUUUACCCCCAAAAUAGAAUGAUAGUUCAACACUGUAAAAAACUAUAGCGCGAGACUCCUUCUCAAAAAAUAUAUAUAUAAUUCACUACUUGAGAUGAUAUAUCCAUAAAGGAGAAAAACCACUUAAUAUAUGCCCAAAAUAUCUUCAAUGUAGCCAUUUAUGAUUCGAAUCUAAGUACAAUUAUGAAGAGAUAAUUUUCUUAAUGUAAUAAAGGUUUAAGUAAUCCUA